AUGAAUGAUGCCCCAGAAUCAUCCCAAAUACACUGGCCUGAGUCCGGCUGCCAAAACUGCCGGUAUUGGGCCACAAUCACGCCAACAAGAACUGAAACAUGCCAGUACUGGCCCUGGCUCACUCUGGAUCUGAACACAGCGAAUAAACACCUCCAUCUGUCUGAGAACAACAGAGUGAUUACUGACACUGACACAGUUCAGUCGUAUCCUGAUCAUCCAGACAGAUUUGAUGGUUGGAAUCAGGUGUUGUAUAGAGAGAGUGUGUGUGGACGCUGUUACUGGGAGAUUGAGUGGAGUGGAGAUGAUGUGUGUAUAUCAGUGUCAUAUAAGAGCAUCAGCAGGAAGGGAUCGGGUAAUGAGUGUGUGUUUGGAUAUAAUGAUCAGUCCUGGAGUUUGUACUGCUGUUCCUCCAGAUACUCAUUCAGACACAAUAAGAUAAAGACUGAUCUCUCUGUGAAGUCCAUCAUCAGGAGAAUAGGAGUGUUUGUGGAUCACGGUGCAGGAACUCUGUCCUUCUACAGCGUCUCUGACACAAUGAGCCUCAUCCACACAGUCCAGACCACAUUCACUCAGCCGCUCUAUCCUGGGUUUACUGUUUAUAAAGGAUCAUCAGUGAAACUGUGUUGAUGAAUCAGAAUAGAUUGACAAGGGAUUCCACCCAUAAUGCUUUGAGCUGCAUGAUGAAUCAGUAACAGUGAGAUGUUAUAGGCUGUAUCCGAAAUCGCCCCCUAUACCCUCAAAUAGAGCACUAUUUGAGGGGACAGCCAUUUUAAGUGGUGUUUGAAACCAUAGUGGACGUUCUCGAGUGCACUCAUUCAAUCGCACACAGCGCACCGCAAAAGAGCGGACAACCGAUGUACACUCAACGGCUAGGGAUAACCCAUAAUGCACUGUGAGAGUCGCGCGCCGAAUGAAUUCCCGCGCCCGCAGCUGAAUCAUCCAUUCAUUGGACAUUCGUCCACGGCGUAAUACAGCGUAAUACAACAAAGGUACAAACUAAUUGCAAAUUGACUAUUAAGGUUUAUACAUAAUUUCCAUGACAGAGUUCAAGAUAAAUACUUCAAUCUUACUACUGGAGCUGCCCGUUUCAAAUGAUUAUUAAACAGCAAGCAAACUAUGCAAAAGCGGCAGUCCUUCUGGUGCACUCAGUGUCCGAAUUCACUCACUCGUUUCAUUCACUCCUUCAAGUGAACUGUA